AUGGGAACAUUUAAAAUACUCUCUGGGACAUCGUUCAAUCCUGAUUUGCAAAACAGAUCAUCAGUUUCUUUCAAAGUCCUUGCUUUUGAUGUUGAACAACUGAUACAAAAUGUCUUUCAAGCAAGUGAUCUGAAGAAUGAAUUUGAGAGGUGUGAAAUUUCCCAGUUCAAGAAAUCUGACGAUGGUCAUGAAAGACUCGAGAUGUCAGAGAAUAGUGUUAUUGUGACCUUCGACCUUUAUUUUACCGAGAAGGUAACAGUUGAGAAAGUGAAAAAUGAACUGGUUUUGGGUAUCAACACAGAUAAAACUCAGACUUUGAAAAUUGAUGUGAACAGCAUACAAGUCACAGGUUCAGGACAACACACCACAAGCAAGACCUCAACAGCUGCAGUUGAGUGUUUGCCACCUGCUGAACUUUGUAAUGAUGGUGUAACUUGCAUUAGAAGCUAUUUAUUUUGUGAUGGAGUCUCGGACUGCCCAGAUGGUUCAGAUGAAUCUGAAGAAAGAUGUGCUUCAGUUUGUGAUGGAAAAUUUAUGUUGACUGAUUCCUCUGGGUUUUUUCACUCUAUGAAUUAUCCAAAGCCAUAUAAUGAAAAUAUAAUUUGCCAGUGGAUUAUACUAGUGCCUCAAGGGUUGUCCAUUAAACUGAACUUCACCUCUUUUGAUACACAACAAUAUGCGGACGUUUUAGAUGUUUUUGAAGGUAUAGGACAAAACAAAAUUUUAAGAGCUUCUCUGUCAGGGAUUAAUCCUGAAACAAUUUACAUUUUUUCUCAUGAAGCUACAGCACAAUUCGUAUCUGAUUAUUCUGAAAAUCACGAUGGCUUUAACGCAAUGUACACUGCAUUUAAUGCAAGUGAACUAAACAAUUAUGAAAAAAUCAAUUGUACUUUUGAAGAUGGCCUUUGCUACUGGAUACAAGAUUUAGAUGAUGAUUCAGACUGGGAGAGAGUUCAGGGACCCAACUUUCCUUUUAUGAGUGGUCCUGAUUUUGAUCAUACACUUGGCAAUGAGUCAGGAUUUUAUAUUUCAACACCCAUAGGUAUUGGAUUCAUAGGAGAGAGAGUCCGUAUUCGGAGUUUGCCUUUGGUGUCUCCAGAUCCAUCUUGUCUAAGCUUUUGGUAUUUCAUGUACAGUCCUAACGUUUACCGUUUAAGAGUUAUCAUAAGUAAUGAGCAUGGCUCGGAAAAGAUCAUUUUCCAGAAAGAAGGCAACUAUGGAAACAACUGGAAUUAUGGACAAGUAACUUUAAAUGAAACAUAUGAUUUUAAGGUUAUAUUUGAUGCCUUUAAAAAGCCUGGUCAAAGCGAAAUUGCAUUGGAUGACAUUAGCCUGACAAAGGGAAAGUGUGAUGAAAGUAAUUAUGUAGAGCCAACUGCGAUUCCAACUGUUACUACUCUCCCUUCAGUUCCUACUGACUGUGGAGGGCCAGUCGAACUCUGGGAGCCAAACAGUACAUUCAGUUCUGAGAACUUUCCAAAUAAUUACCCUAAUCAAGCUUCUUGUGUGUGGUAUUUAAAUGCUGAAAAGGGAAAAAACAUUCAACUUCAUUUUCAGGUUUUUGAUCUGGAAAAUAUUUAUGAUGUAGUUGAAGUCAGAGAUGGCAGAGGAUCAAAUUCCUUACUUUUGGCUGUUUAUACAGGACAAGACCCGUUGCCAGAUGUCUUCUCUACAACAAACCAGAUGACAGUAAUCUUCCUUACAGACAAGUCCACAACAAAAAAGGGAUUUCUUGCAAACUUCACUACUGGCUACAAUCUAGGAGCUUGUGCAGCUGAUGAACAUCAGUGUGGUAGUGGGGAGUGUAUACCCUUGCACAACCUUUGUGACAACAUACCUCAGUGUGAAGAUGGGUCUGAUGAAGCAAAGUGCAUGAGAUUGCUUAAUGGUUCUCUAUACACCGAAGGGCUGGUACAGGCCAGGAUUGGGAAGACAUGGUACCUGGCAUGUGCAGAUGAUUGGAAUGAAAAUAUUUCAGACAGUGUUUGCCAGAUGCUGGGGUUAGGGAAUGGAAAUAUGUCAUCAACUGUAUUAUUCACUGGAGAUGGCCCAUUUGUCCACAUCAGCAAAGCAGCUAACGACAGCCUAAUAUUUCUUAAAAGAGAACACUGUUUGAACAACCUGGUGGUUCAUUUGCAAUGUAACAUUAAAUCUUGUGGAAAACAUCUGAUAACACAGAACAAUCGAACAAGGAUUGUAGGUGGAAGUGAUGCCAGAAGAGAGGCUUGGCCUUGGAUAGUUUCACUCCACUUUAAUUCCAGACCUGUCUGUGGAGCUUCCCUUGUCAGUGAUGGAUGGCUGGUGACUGCAGCACACUGUGUAUAUGGGAGGCAAUUAAAACCAUCUCAAUGGAAAGCAGUUCUUGGCUUGUAUGACCAAUUAGAUAUGACACAAGCUUCAACAGUAGUUCGAAACAUUGAUCAAAUAGUUAUAAAUCCUCAUUACAUGAAGAAUACAAAAGAUAGUGAUAUUGCUCUCAUGCACCUUCAAGACAAAGUGCAAUAUACAGAUUACAUACAACCUAUUUGCUUACCAGAAAAAAAUCAACAGUUUUUACCGGGAAUUAAUUGCUCCAUUGCUGGCUGGGGUACUAUUACCCAAGGAGGUCCCACUUCAAAUGUAUUGCAAGAAGCAGAAGUCCCUCUCAUUUCAAAUGAAAAAUGCCAACAAUUGAUGCCAGAAUAUAAUAUCACGGAGAAUAUGAUAUGUGCGGGACACGACGCAGGAGGAGUAGAUUCCUGUCAGGGAGAUUCAGGUGGCCCUCUGACAUUUGAAGAUGGUAACAAGUGGGUUUUGAUUGGUGUAACAUCAUUUGGCUAUGGGUGUGCCCUUCCCAAGCGACCAGGAGUAUAUGUUCGAGUCACCAUGUUUGUGGACUGGAUCGGAAAAAUAAUCUAUUAGUUUGAUAUUUUUUAAAUGAUAGAAAUAAAAUUUAAAGGUGGAAGGUAAGCUAUUGUAUAAUGAUGUAAACCAGACUGGCUCACACUUAGAUAAAUUGAAUCAAUAUUUAAAUUUGGGGGAGCAAACUCCAUUACCAAUUGAGAACAAUAUUUCAAAACAGAUGCUGUGGUUUUCUUAAUAAAUGGUUUUAUCAUUUUACUUUUUUCUUUUAUAUGAGACCAUGGUGAAACAGUUUCUUUGAAUACCACUGUGUUAAAUGAAUAGCUUUACAAAGCAUAGGCAAUAAAAAAACAUUGCAAACUGCAAACGCUUUGUUGAAAAAUGGUCUAAAUUAUUAAUUUCAGGCCAAACGUUAGUUGUUUUUAUGUUUUUACAUUGUAUUUUUCAAUGUGCAUUUUCAUUUCAAUGCAUAAUCAACUCUUCUCAGUAAUCUCACCACAUAUUCAAAUGAAGGUAUAGGUUGUCUCUUUAAACUGGGCUCAUGGGAGUUCUGUCUUGUCUAUUACAAAAAGCUCUAGAAUAAGGUUUAUGGAUUGUGCAUAAAGGCUGAUCAUGUAUUAUGCUGCUUUCUAAUGAAUAAACUGAAUGUAAGCCAAAAGUUCUCUUGUGUGUAAUUCAUUGGAAAUUAAUACAGUUAAAUAAAGAUUGAAUAUAGCUUUUUUGUUUUCUUUUUAGGGUAGUAUUUUGACAAAUAUUCAAACAAUUACAGGUAUGUGCUUGUCUACACCCAAACACAGACUCACAAAACUGCAACUUCCUUUCAUAAAAAGUAAUGUUUUUA